AAGCAAUGUCAGGCCAAAUUGGGCGCAAAACUCGGCACGCAUGGUGCCUUAUGAAUUCGAGACGUUUAUAGUUCUUCCUUGUCUCGUUAUCAGCACGCGUUUCUUUGGAAUUGCUCUUCAAGCUUGUCUUCUGUCCGUCGUUACAGAGUCACUGAAACCAUGCGUUCGUUCAACUCUUCUCCAGCUGGAGCUUUGCUUUCAUUGUCGCUCUCUCAGAUCUUUUCUAUUGCGCUUGCUCAAUCUUCACCCCCUGUAGUUGAGCCAGUAGUAACCCCGACGGCAGCUCCAGUUCCUAGCUCAACCACAACCUCUGAAUGGGUAGACACGCUCACAGCUCCUCCGGCCUUUCCCUCGUUUCCCACAUUUGAAUCCCAAGGUGGUGGCGGGUUAGGCGACUUUGCCGGCGAGAGGGGUGGCCUUGGCGGUGCUAUCCUUCCAAUCCCGUACGGCGAACCCGCCAAUAUCUCUACAAUCACCGGCCAAGGAAAUCCGUCCAUAUACGUUUGUUAUAACUCGCAUCUAGCAUACACGUCCAGCCGCCAGUCGUACAUUUCGAACAAAAUCCCUCUCAAAUAUAACACUACGACUAUUCCGUAUUCUACGUGGGUAACAGCAUUUCAAAAUACCUCAGUCAUCCCAACCACUCUCUGCGAUGGCUAUCCACGAUUCCUGGACGAGACUGUCACGCCCGUCACUCUGACCUUUUCGGACAAUGUGAUGCGUGAGAUCACUCAAACCGAGCCGGGGCCACUCCCGACGUGCACCAUUGAAGAAACCUCUUGUACCUGGGCAAUUGCCGCUUACGCGACAGCAACGUAUUCAUAUCUGUCCAGCGUCUAUAGCACGCACUUUGCCCAGACCGCAACCGGUCUUCCCAAGCAAAUCGCCUUCAACUAUGUCCGGCCGCCGUGUUAUACCGAUCCGUCUUGUCCUGCGCCGUCCGCAAAGGCACACUGCAGUGCGGAUUCGGAAGAGGGUACUGUUCUCUACUGGCCCGUGACAACUGGGGGAAAUUUCUGCAACGGAAGCUCCAUCGUGCCUGGCACGCCAACCGUGGCCGGUGCGCCAAACACCGCCGUCUUCCGCGGAGCCACUGUUACUUCGCCCACCGCGCUGGUUAUUCUGCGGAAGGCAACCCUUUCUGCCGCAUCGACGACCACCCGGCCAAAUCAAGGAUUGAACUGGCAACCGUGCGGUCAUCCUGCCGAUGUGACAUUGUCUCUCGCCCCGGAAGAGCUCUCGACCUUCCGAACCGAGUACAGCGUCUCCUUCACAGAUGAGGAUUACACUUACUGGGAGACGUCUACCGUACUUGCACCGCUGCAGUUCCAGGACCUGAAUCGUGGCGCCGUGCCAUACAACGAGUACGCCAAUGUACGGGGAUGCAAUAUCAACGAGACACGAUCCGACUACAGGCGAUGCCCGAGCUCAAUUUUGCCGGACUACACCCCAUCAUUGGUCUACCCGAAGCAGGCUAUUGCUCAGGUCACUGACGCGAGCUUUGCGAACUUCUCGUGCUCAACCGGCAAAGUCAGGAAGAAACCCACAUUCGUUCCAAUCACUGCAGCAGCAAUGGAAAUGCCAUCGGCGACGCAUUACGGGGCAGAGGUAUCCGUGGGCCCAAGAACUAGCACGUUGAAACAAGAAGAGGUCGAGGAGGUGAUGACUUUCGAUGAGGCUAGAGUCUUCUAA